GUGUGCUGGGGAGAGGGAGCAGCUUGUUCGAUCGGUGGCUGUCCGACGGUAGGCCGCGCUGUGAGAGGGCGUGGGAGCGGACGUCGGCGUGUGCGGCGCGUGCGUGGCGUGUCACGGCGCCUGCCUGUACGCGGCUAGGUGUGGCACGCGCGAGGCGGGCGCACCAGCUGUGUCCCGGGGUGGCGGCGCGUGCGAUGGAAACCUCGCUGUACGGUGACCAGGAGUACGGAGGCGCGCGCAUGGAGUCCGUCCAGCAGCUCAAGCGGCAGAUGACGCUCGACUUGGAGGUGUCGUCGGCGGCCAAACGGCCGCGCGCCAGUCACCUGCUCACCUCGCCGGACGUGCGGAUGCUGCGACUGGGCUCGCCAGAGCUGGAGCGGCUGAUCGCCCAGCAGGGAGGCCUGGUGACCACGCCGACGCCCGGCGGGCCGCAGGCCAUCAACGCCGUGUUCGGCCGGCCCGCCACCGAGGAGCAGGAGGACUACGCGCGCGGCUUCGUCGACGCGCUGGACAGCCUGAAGCAGCAGGAGCGGCCCGAGCCGGCCGUCUACACCACGCUGGAGGCGACGGCUCUGCCGGGCCGGCCGGCGGCGCCGGUUCGCGUCAAGGAGGAGCCGCAGCGCGUGCCGUCGGCCGCCUCCGACAGCCCGCCGCCGUCCAGCCCCGUUGACAUGGCGCAACAGGAGCAGAUCAAGCUGGAGCGCAAGCGACUGCGCAACCGGAUCGCGGCCACCAAGUGCCGCCAGCGCAAGCUGGAGCGCAUUGCGCUGCUCGAGGACCGGGUACAGGUCAUCCGGCAGGACAAUAACGAGCUGGCCGACGUGGUGGGCCGGUUGCGCGAGCAGGUGCAGGCGCUGAAGCAGGAAGUGCGCGAGCACUCGCAGCACGGCUGCCAGAUCAUGUACCCGGCGGGCCACGUGUGACGGCCGGCGGUGCGCGGCGGCCGGUCGCCGCUGCGCUCCGGCAGCUGACCCCGGCCCCGCUCCGCCCCGCGCCGGCCCGCACCGGCUCGCCAAACACGUGAUAGGCAACAAGUGUUGGCCCUGCUGUGAUCGGUUUUUGCUACAGCCUAUACCACCUGUGCCUGCGCGGACAAAGGGAGAGGUGCUAGUCAUGUGGGCUUUGUGCGUGCUUGUGCCUACAGCAUUCCAGCGGUGGCGCCGGCGGACUCGCUGAACUGGUGGACGCUCUCACGCUGCGCCCAGUCCUGGAGUCGAUUCGUGGCGCAGGGCCCUGAUACUGCCCACGCCGCGCACCGGUCAUAACCGCUACCUGAUCGACACGAGCAUACACCCGCGGCACCGGCCGCGGCCCAGGAUGCAGCGUCGCCCCUGUGUACCCUGGUCUCUGCCCGACGCGUCCCGUCGCCGCCGACGCGGAGCCCGAGGCUUGUCGUCGGUCCGCUUCCCUUGGCAGAGGGCCCGCCGCCGCGGCUGAGCAGCGCCGGCGCCCCCCGGCCGCCGCCGAACUGCGCUUGUCCGCGGCCGGCGGGGCCGCGGCGUCCGCCUUGUAUAACAACGUUUUGCUGACCUGACGUCCAUUUAUAGACGGCUUUGAACUGAGUGUGGUUUUUCUGCCUGGGAGAGCGGGGAAGACCGUCUGGGGUGGGCUCUCAUCCCUACAAGAUGAGGCCGUAAGCGCCUAAUGUGCGCACAACUGGAUCCGACCGCGGCCUGCGGUCGGAUCCGGUGCGGUGCGGUCCGGUGCGGUGCGUCCGGAUCCGGUGCGGUCCGACCCGUGCCUUAUCCUCCACCUCACGGAAUAGUAGAGGAUGCUGUUUAAAGUUUAGGUAGUGCGGUAUCCCCGAGGAAGGCAAACGUUCAUUUCAUCUGGCCAGUUAUCACCUACAUCGACGUGCCGUUGAAUACAGCCACAGUCCUCGCACGUCUGGUACAGCCCCCUCACGCAGCGUGGCUUGCGUCUGACGCAACAGUAUCGAUAAGAUCAUGGGGUAAUCGAAUGAAUGACGUAUUUGAACCGAGAAGUCAAGCCAAGGUGCAUAUGUGUUAGCAGAUGAUAUGCGGACACUAGCAUAGUGAAAACAAACGAACGCAAACACGUUGCUAGAAGCAUGGAUUUCAUUGACGCACUUGAGCGCAUACACGAUGAAAUGUAUCCCAAACAAACGUAAAACAUUGCGACAAGCAUAAUGGAUUUCAUAAAUGCACUUUUACCAUAUACACGAUGAAACGUCUCUCACCUUCAUCAUAUGGGUGCCACGCUUUGAAAAUAUUUAAUUGCGCUCAAUAAAUCAAUUUAUGAACUCUUAAACUAAAUUACUUAUGAAAGUGAACUGAAACAACCGCCGCGGGCUUCCUCAGAAUGCGGAUAGGCUCCUGAAGUCGAUCCAAGUCAGUCACAUACGCGGACGCUGCGGUAUCCCCGGUUUGGUAAUUAAAACACAGCAUGUGACGCGCAACAUCGGACAAUAAAAAGCAAAACAACAAAAACAAAACAGUGAAAUGUUGUCGCCUCGGUGCGGCAGCCGAGCAUUUCCUGUCCCAUCGACAGAGGAAUAUGCUUGCGUUGUGCGCUUACGACGCGUUCGAUCGCAGUCGAGCCUGUACUCCACGGCGCACCAG